AUGGCUGCUAGACCUCCUACCUUCCGACUAUUUUGGCACCGUUUCGCUGGGCCUUCAACUCGAAAUGCCUGCCAGGCAGAUUUUACCUCCACAUGGCGCUCAUUCGUGACGAGCGCCCCACGAGCAGCUCGUGGUCAAGCAGCAAAACCCACCCCACGAAGCACCGUCUCAAGCUCGAGUGUCCCUGCAGGAUCAAUAGGACGACUAGCCCUUAAGGUCGCAAGAGAAGGCGAUGUUGUUCUCUUCCGGUCACCGUCUCAUCGCACCUAUGUCCUGAGCGCGUACGGUCUAUCGGCAUUCUGUUUCGCGUACGCCCUGUUCAACUCCAAUGACGUUUUCCGCGAUGCUCAGAUCGAGCGCCCAAUGUGGCAGAAGGGACUGUUUGGUGGUAUUUGCGUGACAAUGAGUGUCAUGGGUACACUUUUUGUCGUGAGAACGGGCCAUUUGGUACGGAACAUCACGGCCGUCAAGUCUAACAACCAGACUUAUAUUCGUUUCGCGGUGCGGCGCAUGGUACCCUUUACAAAGCCUUACCAGUUUGAGGUUCUUCCAUCCCAGGUUUCUAUUUCCCGUCGGCUGGUAGUCUCGCAGGAUUCGAGACAGCGGUUCGAGGGGGAUAGCAAGAAGCUUGGCUCGGCGCAGGAUUCGCAGAAAGGUUUCUUCCAAGCACCCGUUCAGGCACUGAGUAUCGGUCUGUGGAAAAUGUUCAUGUCUAUGCGACAGAUUUUCACUGGUGAGGACUUUAUUCUCCUGAGUGUUGAAGGCUACAAGCAAACCUUCCGAGUGGAUUCCAAUGGGUUCGUAUCCAAUGACUUCAUGGCUCUCGGAAACCCUGUCCAGUUGAAGAGGUCUUGA